AUGGGCGACGAGAACGAGUCGAAGUCGGGAACCAUCUACUCCCGCAACAAGGAAGACACAAUCGAGGCCGAGACGCUUCUCUGGCGUGCCAUGUGCGACAACAAGCCCAAGGCCCUCCGCAAGUACCUCGACAAGGACGCCGUCCUCUCCCACCCGGGCGACAAGGUCUACUCACCGAAAUCGAAGCCCACCCUGCAAGAACACCUUGACGACUGGGAGCCAUGGACGGCGUACCGCAUCCAAGACGACCCUGAGUUCGUCGAGAUCGACCUGAUGAGCUCGAGUCUGGUUUACAAAGUUACCGCAUGGCGCCAGAAGGGCAAGAAGCUGGUAGCGACCGAGGGCAUCUGCAACAGUGUGUGGAAGCAGGAGCCUGGCGGCGAGUGGACAUGCUGCUGCCACCAUAUGAGUCUGAUUUGA